AUGGCGUGCGUCUCUCGCGCCGCAACGGCCGCGAAGAUCUCGCAGAUGUACGUCUUCGGCGACGAGUCGGCGGACGUGGGCAACGCGAAUUACUUCAACCGCGCGGCCGUGAAGGCCAACAAGCUGCCGUACGGCGUCAACUUCAAGCCCGCGUCGGGCCGCUUCUCCGACGGCAAGCUCGUCGUCGAUUACCUCGCCGACUUCCUCGCGAUUCCCUCGCCGCGCGCCGAUCUCGCGCCCCGCAAUGCGUCGCUUCCUUUCAGUGGCCUCGACUUCGCCAUGGCUGCUGCUGGCGCGAAAUCCGGCACUAACGGCGGAAAGACGCGCGGGCUGCAGCAGCAGUUCAACGAGUUCAAGAAGUGGUUCAACGAGGCCAAGCGCACCAACAACCCCGACCUCGUACGCCCUCGCCUUUCUUCUCUUUUCCAGCUUCCCAAGCUGGACGAGGCUCUGUUCGUGGUGAGCAUCGGUGCCAACGACUACAUUCCUGAGCUCAGCCGUACGCAGCCCAACAUGACCACCCUCGUCGCCCUCGCCUCCUCGGUAUCCAACACCAUUAUCAACAUCACUCAGUCUCUCUACAACCUCACCGGCUCCUCCAACGUUCUUAUUAUUGAUCUGCCAAAUCUCGGAUGCGCUCCUGUCGUGCGCCUUGCGGCGAAAUCCGGAAUCAACUGCACGGACGCUGGUAACCAGGUUACCAUUAUCCACAAUUUCGCGCUGCUGACGAAGACGGACAAGCUGAGGAACAACCCUGCCCUGCCCAUGCCGAACCUGGUGCUCUUCAAGCAAUCAGCCGUCUUCAAGACCAUGAUCCAAGUCCCCACCUCUGGUAAGACCCCUAAUUCCCUACCUCUGCUCUCUCCCUUCCCCCCUCGCUCCUCGCUUUUCCAAUCCUCUCCACUAAAGCCCCACCUCACUAUCAUUUCCCCUUUUCCCCCUCCAGGGCUGACGAAUCAGACGCACCCGUGCUGCCAGGCGGUAACAAGCACGGGGGUGGUCGUGGCGUGUGCGCAGACCAGCGGGACUGGCAAGGCAGCAGUCACAGGAGGGGCGUGUGCGGCGCCGGCCAAGGCCGUGUGGUGGGACGAUCACAACCCCACGCAGGCCGUCAACCAGAAGGUCGCCAACACCCUCUUCUUCUCCACCAACCCUGCCAUGGUCCGCCCCAACGGCCUCCGCAAGUUCUUCUCGCUCUAG